ACUAUGUUUCUCAGGCAUUUUUUUCCUUCAGAGUGCUAUGGAAAUAGGCUCUUUGUCUUUGCUUUUGUAUUAGCCGCUGUUGCUGAUUUGUCUGGUGUAGGGCUACGAAGGUGAAAGAAGCACUGAUCCAACGUCCAAGAAGAUGGCUCAGGCCAAACUGGGGCUGGACAGAAAUGCCAACAAGAAGAAAAAGAAGAAAAAGGUGGCAGUGGUGGAAGAGGGUCCAAUCAUUCCCUAUCACUUCACCGUGUCCACGGGGGUGGACCGGGAUGGCAGCACCACAGCCAGGGUCUAUGUCAUCAUCAUCGGCCCCGGCGAGACUGAGACGGAGCGACUAUGGCUGGACCUGCCGGAGGGAAAGCAGUCCUUCGCAGCCGGCACCAUGGACCACUUUGUGUGUUACGGAACCGACGUAGGAGAGAUCAAGAGGGUGGAACUCGGCCAUAACGGUGUCACACCAGAGAGCUGCUGGUUGGUGAAUGAGCUGUCGGUUGCCGUGCCAACCAAAGGUAUCAAGUACAUCUUUCCAUGUAAGUGCUGGCUGGCUAAAGACAGGGGAGAUGGUCUGACUGCCAGACUGUUCAAUGUGUUGGACUCCAGCACGAUCAACAUUAUCCGCAAAGUUAUUUAUUCCGCCACAGUUGACACAGGUGACACUCAGUAUGCAGGGACUGACACCAACAUUUUCCUGACUGUGUUCGGAGCCAACGGGAGCACAGAGGAAAUGCUCCUGCCAAAAAAUGAGGACAGGUUUGAAAGAGGCCAAGAAGACACAUUCAACCUAGAGAUAGAUGACAUCGCUCCUCUGAAAAAGAUCAGAGUUCGGAUUGAUGGCAGCGGGAGUCGUCCUGACUGGUUUCUUGACAGGAUCCUGAUGCGGAACCUGACCACAGAGGAGGUGUAUCUGUUUACCUACGAGAACUGGCUGUCAAAGACCAAAGGGCCCAAGAGGACGAAGGUGUGUGAGCUGGCAGCUGUGGUGGACGAGGAGGAGAUGGUGGAGAAAACCACCUACAUCAUCCAAGCGCAGACCAGUGACGUAGGAGGUGCCGGCACUGAUGCCAACGUGUUUGUGAUUGUGUUCGGGGAGUACGGCGACACCGGGACGCUGCCUCUGAAGGAGGGCACCAACAGGAACAAGUUUGAGCGUAAAAUGAAGGACGUGUUCCGAUUCCCUGACGUGCUCAGUCUGGGUGAACUGUCCAAGGUCCGAGUGUGGCACGACAACAAAGGCCCCGCUCCCGGUUGGCACCUCGAGUACAUUGACGUGAAAGACGAGGCCAUGGACCAGACCUUCAGGUUCCCCUGCGACCGCUGGUUGGCCAAAGGUGAAGACGAUGGGCAGAUCAUGAGAGAGCUGGCCUGUGCCAACAACGACUCUAUAGACCUCAGUGACAAAACCAAAUAUGAAAUUGCCACAACAACUGCGAACACAGACGACGCCUCCACCACGGAAAACGCCUGGAUCGCGUUGGAGGGGAGAAAGGCACGUUCCAAGGAGUUUGUUCUCGAGAAUAAGAAAAAGAAGUUCUUAUGCGGCGCCACUGACACAUUUGAGUUCUCGUCCAAGCACGUGGGUGAGAUCGCUGGCAUCUGCCUCGGCCACAUCACCAAAGACGGCAAAAAGGUGAAGACGGGAGCUUUCUGGCACGUCAUGGAGGUGGUGGUGACAGAAAAGGAGCUGGGAAACAAAUAUUUCUUCCAGUGUGAUGCCCAAAUCCCCCUGGCAGCCAAAAAGGACCACUUCCUGACAUUUGAGUGCUACAAGUCCAUGGAGAGCUUUGCGAGUAAAGUCCGCAACCUGGUUCCUGUCAAGUACGAGAUCAUCGUCAUCACCGGGGACGUCAAAGGAGCCGGCACCGACGCCAACGUCUUCAUCACCAUCUACGGCGUCAACGGGGACUCGGGCAAGCGCCACCUGCGGCAGAAGUUCCGCAACCUGUUUGAGCGAGGGCGAACGGACCGCUUCGUCCUGGACAUGCUGGACCUCGGGGAGCUGCUGAGGGUCAAGGUGGAGCACGACAACGGGCAGUCCAACAGCGGGUGGUAUUUAGAGUGUGUGGAGGUGACCAACACAGCCAACUCCGUCACAACCAUCUUCCAGUGUGGAAAGUGGCUCGACACUCAAAAGGCCGACGGGCAGGUUCAGCGAGUGCUCUACCCCAGAUACUAGCAGGUGGACGAACUGUCACUUGUGGAGGGUUAUUUUUUUUUUUUUUUACAGCAGAUGAGCUUUGUGAGGAAAAAGAUUGAAACGGAAAAGACCUGAAUUUUACUCUUUGUCAACUUUUAAAGGACAACGCCGUUGUUUUUUUUAAAGUCUGUGCCAACUGUUUCGGUUGUCCCUCUUCCAACUUCAGAAAAGGCCAUUUGCUACCUUAUCUUGUACAACUUCAAAAAUU